CUCAUCAUUCUAGCAAAACAUUACACUCAUCGCCGAUUACAUUCAUCCUUCAUCAAUUAUAAUUAUACUCAUCGUUCUAGCGCAAAACCGAUUAAACUCAUUGUUCUAGAGAAAAAAACCUAACAACCUCUUGUUAUUCAUUUUUUCCAAUUCAUCAUGGAUGAUUACUAUUGCAAAGCAUACCCUAAUAUUUAUUCCACCGAUGACAUUACAAAAAUUAUUUCAUCAUCAUGUCCCAAUUGCAAUUACUUCAAUAUAGAGUUUGAGUACACAAAUAUGUAUGUAUUAAAUGCUAGAAAGUUUCAAACUUUUUGUGAUACUGAUGUUCACACUUUUUCAAAUGUCUCCAUGGAUAAUAAAAUAAUGCAAGAAUCUACUAUUAUUACAUGGCUUUCUAAAAUUAAUGUUCCUCAAGAUGCUUUUAGGUUGGUUGUGGCGAAUAUCUUGGAAUGUGCUAAUGAUAUGGUUAGAAGGUCAAAGAAAAACAAAAACCAAAGGGUUUUUCCAAUUCGAGUCGAUUUUGUUGUUACAAGGGCUAGUGAAGAUGAAAGUGAUGAAGACGACGAUUACGAAAUCAAAGAUGAAGAAGACGAAGAGAGUGUUAGUUUUGAAGAUGAAAUGGAAGUUGAAGAAGAAGAAAAUAAUGGGUUGGUUCCAGCGGCUAAGUCAUGUAUUGAGGAGUUGGAGAUGGUGAAAGUUGAAGAAGUUGGAAAAUGUCCAAUUUGUUUUGAAGAUUUUAAUGUUUGUGUUCGAAUGCCAUGUUUGCACAUGUUUCAUAUGAAUUGUAUUCGUGAUUGGUUGGAAGUAGGAAAUUCUUGUCCUUUGUGUAGGUAUAAAAUGCCCACUAGUAAAAUUGAAUAAGGGGUUACCUUUUUUUUUGUUACUAUGUAUUUGGUAAUUGUGAU